CCAGCUGGUCACGUGAUAUCUACUUCAAAGGAUCGUCCUCCGGCAGCCGGCAAGGGAAUUGUGUGUGCAUGAUUCCAAACACAAAAAGACACUCCCCUAUCCCCUUCGUCCCUCCCCCUCUCCGCUCAUGCCGCGGCCCGAGGGCCAAAGUCCCCCAUGCUUCUCCACAAGCCAUCAUGGAUAUCAUCCACCGUUUUUUCAUGUUCUUUGGAACUGUCCAUCGCACUAAUAAGGAUAAGGGCUCUCACGGCCUGGCGCUAAAGAAGCAGCCAGCGUAACACUUCAUCAUGGCUUCAGUCGAUCCUGCAGAACCUUCAACCCUCGAAAUAGGCAGCCGGCAGCCCUCUCCGCCCAUCAUGAAAGAAUCUUGCGACAAAGUGGCUAGCUUGACAAGCGAAACCAGUACGAAGGAUAAGAACACUCUGCAAUUGCAAGAUACCCGUAGCGGACACAUCCUGUCAGACCUAUCGACUUUUCGAAAGACGGUGUUACUGCUUACUUUUGCCCUUGCAAACUUUAUCGACGUCUGCAACGUUUCUGGUGUGGCCAUUGCGGCGGCCCAAAUAUCUUGGGACAUCGGACUUGAAACCUCCCAGGUUGUUUGGAUCAUUACAUCAUAUUCUCUAUGCUUCUCCGCUUUUCUCCUUUUCUCGGGCCGCUUAUCUGAUUUGUUUCCUGCCGGUCUCAUCUUUGAGAGUGGUUUAUUUGUGUUGGGCGUUCUGAGCCUUGCCACUUCCUUCGUGACGUCCAACAAGUAUGCUUUUCUCAUUCUACGAGGGCUAGGCGGCAUUGCUGGGUCUAUGGCUGUUCCGUCGAGCUACCACCUAACGGUCCACAUGUAUCCUGAAUCGACUGAACAAGCGGCCAAAUUGGCCCUAUUAGGUCUCGCAGGCGGCCUUGGCAACGUCUUUGGCUUAGUGCUUGCUGGUCUUUGCAUGAAAGCCUCAUACCACUGGUUCUUCAGAGUUAUCGCCAUUUUGUGCAUACUCUCCACAGCUGUCACCAUAAUCAUUCUUCCCCACACAGGUUCAUUCUCUGUCUCAGAUGGUGGAAUGCAGCGUUGGAAACGCAUGGACGUCCCUGGCGUUGUGUUGAUAAUGGGAUCGUUGAUUUGCUUCAUGCUGUCUCUCACCCAGGGACCUAUAGAUGGAUGGCGAUCAGCAAGUUUCAUAGCGCCAUUCGUCCUCUCAUUGCCCUUGGGAAUUGGUUUUUUCGUGUGGGAGGCCAACAUUCCUGCACGUACUGCCAUCCUACCCAGCACCGUCUGGAACAUUACCAAUUCAGUGAUUGCUUCACUCGUUGUGUUGGUUCCUAUGGGCUUCUGGGGCACUUCUCAGUUACUUUUCGCUACUUACUGGCAAACUACUUUCAACUGGGCCCCACUUCAUGUUGCGGCCGCAAUGUUGCCCCAAGGCCUUACGACUCUUGCAGUCGGCAUCUUAAGCCAAUUCAUCCCAGCUAUCAUCACGAAACCUAGAUAUGGUAUUCCUAUUGGUGCAAUUCUCGUCGUCGCUGCUGAAGUCUUACAAAUUAAAUCCAAUGGAGGAGGACACGGUAAAGACUACUGGCGCUUUCUUUUUCCGGCUUUCGUCAUCGGCAGCGCAGGGAGUAUGAUACUCACGUUUGCAAGUAGUGUGAAUUUUGUGCAAAUGUGUCCUCCAGAGAUGGCCGGGGUCGCCGGUGCAUGGACUAGCGUCUUGUUUGAGAUAGGAGGUGCGAUCACACUCGCUGUACAGGCAGGUAUGGAAAAACCUGAUCCUUUCACAUUUAUGGAUAUUGGUGCCAAAGUGUAUUAUUUUAUCAUCGGCUGGACGGUGGUGCUAUCGGGGAUUUAUGUGGCAUUUUACAAGCAGCCUAAAGCCUUAGCUGUUGAGCAUGAGGAGACGAGGACGCGAAUCAUGCAAACCAAAGGGGACAUGAGGGUCUAAUAACAGUUCAUCAUGGAUAGAUAGUUAUGUCAUCAAUUAGAAAGCUUG